AAAGUUGUAAUGUAUAUACCUGUAUCGUAGCCAGGAGCAGUUAAAAAAGUAUCGUGACAUAACUUCAAGAUAAAGUGAAUAAAUACGGAAAGCUGUAACGAAAAGUGUCAAAAUACUGUUAAAGUCACAGUGUAACACAAAAACAGAUUUGGAUGUGAUGUUCCAGCUCAGUGUGUAUAAAUUAUAAAUGCCAGACUACCAAAUACAGGGACUGCACGCUUGAUUCCACAUUCAUCAAAGUGAAAUGUCAGUGUUCCAGCUCAGUGGAUGAACGCUAGGUUUCCUUGAAACACAGUGAUGACAUGCAUGACUCCAUACUAAUCAAAGUGAAAAUUUUAGUGUUCAAGUUUCAGUGACAUAGUGGUAAGCAGAUUUGACCCCAAAGCUAGUGAUCCAGGUUUCUGGUCAAGACUGGUAUCCAGACUAGUGUUUAGUGCUAGGUGAUUUACUUAAAUGAGUAUUGUUUUCAGCAGUUUUAGCCUAGUCUGGAUGCUGGGCAAAAAUAUGACAUUUUGCAUGAGCUUGAUGGUAUAAGUUUUCUAUCCAUGUAAGGUUGGUCUUCAGUCAACUAUCCAUGCUUCUAGAGAGGUUGCCUAUCCAGCAAGAUUUUUGUAUUAUUUUUAUUCUUAACUGGAACUGAACCAAAUCACAUGAAUUGCUGCUAGCAACAAAAGUUAGAUACAAACUGUUACAUAUUACAUUUAUUGAGCUACAGUUGGUUUUAUAGAAGAUAGCACCUACAUGUAAAUAGGUAAUAAGGUUUGAUCGGACAUAUCUGGUAAUUUGAUUUGGAAACUAAGUAUUGGCUGUCAAUUUUAAUCAGGAAUGGCUUCCAGCAAAACAUCAAAUGAAAAAUACUGUCACAGGUCUGACAUGUGUAAGAAAACAGUUAGUAAGGAAAAAGACUUAAAAUCACAUAUAAGUGCAGAAAAGCAACAGCGUUUCAAGUGUGAAAUAUGCUCAAAAACAUUCAGCCUGUCUGGUACGUUACGCAGACAUCAGCGUCUCCAUACAGGUUUAGGUUUGUCAGAGUGCAGUGUAUGCAAGAAAAGUUUUAUCCGUGCAAAAGAUUUAAAACAUCACCAGUCCGUUCAUACUGGAGAACGCCCUUACGUAUGUGAAGUUUGCAAAAAAUCUUUCAGAUAUCCAGCCAAUUUACGUCAACAUAGGAAGAUUCAUACUGGAAUGCUUCCAUUUAAGUGCAAUGUGUGUGGGAAAAAAUUCCGCUCGAAAGAAAAUUUAAGGGUUCAUUUACAUAUUCAUACAGGAGAACGGUCUUACGAAUGCAAGAUCUGUGGAAAAGCAUUCAGUGAACGUGUAUAUUUGAAAGAACAUGAAAUUGUUCAUACCAGUGUAAAAGCAUAUCAAUGCGUUAUUUGUAAGAAAUCGUUCAAAAGAGCUAAAACAUUGAAUGACCAUAGAAAUACCCAUUCUCCAGAGAAAGUUUAUAAAUGUUCUAUUUGUCAAAAAUCAUUUAAUUGGAGAGGAAACUUAUACGCCCAUAUGAAACAUCAUUCGGAUGAUAGACCGUUCGAGUGUGACUUGUGUAGCAAAAAGUUCAAGAGAGCAGCGGACUUGCGUAGACAUAAACUUAUUCACACUGGAGAACGGCCUUUUGAGUGUGAGACAUGCAAAAAAGCUUUUCAAACCUCUUCUGACUUAAAGAGACACAUAAUUAGUAUUCACACCGAGACUGUUCAUGUGAAGAGCCUUUCAGAGCAACAUACAUAAAUCAUCUUUCAAAAGAGUAGAUUCAUUACAUGAUCUUAGAUCAAUUUAUGCUGAAGAGAAACCUUAUGAAUUCUGUAUUUGAUUGAAAGCAUUCCAUUGGAGCUCAAGCUUAAUUAUAUGAACACAUGUCGUUUGUAAAUGUAAUGAGCUUUUUGAGUGUGACAUCAAUGUAAAAAUAAACUUCAAAAUUCAGACUUGCAUAAACAUAAACGUAUUCAUGCUGGAGAGAUACGAUUUGAGUAUGAUUUAGGUAGUGAUCUGAUUUUAAGCUUAGUUAUAUGAGAUUUUUUAUGUCCUCCAAUUUUUGUGUACAGACAGGUAAAGAUACUAACCAAGGGUGAGUAAAAAACAAGCGGUUAGUUUUUUCUCCAUUUUUUGAAAGGGAAAAAAAUAACUGGAAUAAAACUAAGCAGAGGGUAGAAAAAAAAUAACAUGUCAGUUUUCUCCCAUAUUUGUGUUCAAAAUCUUAGAGAUGGGUUAUGAGGGGAACAAACAAAAUGGGAGAGAAAACCAACUGUUUUUAGUUUUCUCCGUUUUUAUUUUGUGAACGAAAAGAAAUAAAAAAGGAACUUUACCGGAGGGGGUGGACUAUUGGUCAAAUCUGAUUGGGGAAAGACUGACCAUUUCACUUGGGAGCAUUCUUAUGGCAGAGAAAUUUGUAAGAAGUCUUUCAGUUCUUUGUCGCAUUCUAUCAGGAAUCAGCAUAUUCAUAUCAGAUAGCAACACUUAUAUAUAUGUAUAAUAUCAGGAUCAUUUAUUGAUGAAUUAUGAACAACAAACAAUAUUUCAGUUUUCAGGCUGUCGUACACAGCCACCUGUGUGAAUGUAAUAACAAUAACAAUGUUGACGGC